AUGCAUCCACCCCUGCGCAUCGCUGUAUUAGAAUGCGACACCCCCCUUGACUCCAUCAACCGCCAGUACAACGGAUAUGGCGGGGUAUUCCGCACCCUCCUCACAGCGAGCGCGAAAGCAUUAAACCAACCAGAGAAGCUCAACCCAGAGACCGGAUUAGAGAUCACAGCAUGGGACAUUGUGAACGAUGACAAAUAUCCAAAACUAGAAGAAAUCGAUGCGGUCCUUCUAACAGGUUCAAAACAUAACUCCUUCGAAGAUAUCCCCUGGAUAAACCGUCUUGUCGAAUUUACCCAACAAGUCCUCGCGCAAAAUCGCGUACGUAUACUCGGCAUCUGCUUCGGACACCAGAUCGUUGGACGCGCGCUAGGCACAAAAGUUGGACGAAGCAAUGCAGGCUGGGAAAUUGCCGUGUGCGAUAUGGACCUGACAGAACAAGGAAAGAAGUUAUUUGGGCGGGAUAAGAUCCGUAUCCAGCAAAUGCACCAGGAUAUUGUUUUUGAGUACCCACCGAACGUCAUUCCAUUGGGUUCGUCCCCGCGCUGUGCCGUGCAGGGCAUGUAUACCCCGCGCCGCUUUAUUACUGUCCAGGGCCAUCCUGAGUUUACGGGGGAUAUGGUUACUACGAUUGUCGGGAGCCGGGCCGAGAGUGGGAUUUUCAAGCCGGAUCAGGCUCGAGAUGCUUUGAGUAGGGCUCAUAAUCAACACGAUGGUGUUGAUAUUGGUGCUGUGUUCUUGAAGUUCCUGCUCGAGGACUAA